GUGGCUUGACGCUGGCGGUAGGAAUGGCGGCUAAGAUUACUAGAGGAAGGAGCCCAAAGACCAUGAAACUUUACUUCUAACGGCCCCGCACAGGAAUUUAUUUCUUGCGAAACACAGAAACAUUAUCCCACAACGGAUUAAAGGGAGAAGUGCUAUAACGCGGUAGACGUCCAGGCUAAGGAGGUGGACGCACUUUGCGACCUGCUAGUUAGCUUAGUGCCACUGACUUUGAUUCAAGGUAGCUGUUAGCUCUAACUAGCCAGCUGUUACAGCUACUUGGCUUGGCUGGCCCAACAAGUUAACUAAGUGAUUAACUGCAUGAAAGCAUUCCUGAUUUGUUUUUUUGAAUGGUGACCAGCUCCCUUUGUCACCAGAUAGCAUUAGGGAUUUUUUCCAGAGAGUGGGAUCAGACGACAAUAAGUCUACACGGCGCGUUGUGAACAUUAUUACCGCUAACCUCAACGUUAGCUAGUAGUGCAGUAACGCUAGCUAAGUUGGGAUCCUGAAGUCUCGCCCAUUUUUUGGAUCCUGCCCCAGCCAUUGGACAAGGGCUAAUCAACAGCCAACUAGUGUGGUUUCAGGUCCGAUUGGUACUACGAUGGAAAGUCUAACGUUGACUGAUAUCGAGCAGAAAUAUUACUCGGAUUUGUUCGUUUACUGCGACACGGACAACACCAAAAAAGUGGCUUCCAAUGGGAGAGUUCUUGACCUUUUCCGGGCGGCCCAGCUACCAAGCGAAGUAGUCCUGCAGAUCACAGAGCUAUGUGGAGCCACUCGGCUGGGUCACUUCGGGCGCAGCCAGUUCUACAUCGCUCUGAAGCUCAUUGCCGUUGCCCAGGCCGGUCUGCCCCUGAGGGUGGAAAGCCUCAACUCGGUCAAAGACCUGCCGCUGCCCAGGUUCGUGGUGGGGAAGAACGAGGCGGAGGCGAGGCACGCAGCGCUGUACCAGGACACAGACAGUCAGGGGUUGUACCCGGGCUCUGCCACCGCCGUAAUACCCAGACCACCAGGCCGGGGUCUCCAGAACAAGAAGGGUCCCCCAUCAUCCACUUCACUUCCUGUCCACGAGGUUAUCCAGCCUCUGGCACCCAGCAUAGAACCACAGCCUGAGCCGACAUCCCCGGUGGUCUCCCCUCACCAGUCCCCACCCACCUCCCCUCACUCGUGGAGGAAACACAAGCGGCAGCACAGCGGAGGAAACGCAGAAAGACAGCCGGUGGUGGCUGCAGCUGGAGCUGUGUGGACGCAGUUCAGAGAACCACAAGCAGGUCCAGUGCCCAGUGAUGGCAUGUGGCCCUCCCACUCGCCACCCCCUCCAGGUCAGGAAAGUUGGGUCAGUUUCACAGCGGACACCCCGCCAUCCAGCCAUCCGCUCCCAGCAAUGCACCCCUCCUCAGUCCAGGAAAGCACAACGAUACGAACUGUGGCCUCAGCAGCAAUGACCAAUGAGAUCCAGCGACAGUCCAGCAGUUACGACGAUCCGUGGAAGAUCACGGAUGAGCAGAGACAGUAUUAUAUUAACCAGUUCAAAACCAUCCAGCCAGACCUCACCGGCUUCAUCCCUGGUUCAGCCGCAAAAGAGUUUUUCACCAAAUCAAAACUACCUAUUUUAGAGUUGUCACAUAUUUGGGAGCUGUCAGACUUCGAUAAAGACGGAGCGCUGACCCUGGAUGAGUUCUGCGCUGCCUUCCACCUGGUUGUGGCCAGGAAGAAUGGCUACGACCUCCCUGAGAAGCUGCCUGAGAGUCUGAUGCCAAAGCUGAUUGACCUGGAUGACUCAGCAGGCCUUAUAAAGCCUGGGGAAGGUUAA